CAAAAGAAUCCGUUAUUAGCAGAGCUAGUGGGUGCUCUGCAUGCUUAUUUGAUAUGGAGAUUGACUAGCUGCUGUACACUGUAUAUAAUAAAGUCAAAUAGUCAUGAUGUUACUACUGAGGGGUUCAGCAUGGCAGAGAAUACUAUCAGUAAGAUAGUGGAAGAUCUGCUUAUAGCUGACUCUGAGAAGGAAGCUGUGUCUGAACAUAACUCAGGGCUGCUGUUUGCCCAUAUGUAUGUGAAGAAAGAAUUGCAUCGAAGGAUGGAGUUGCUUGACAGUAAAAGACCUAAGAAGAAAAGAACUAGUGCAAAAAAGGGUGGGGAGAAAGAUGACCCAGUCUCAGAAUCUGAGGAAAAAGGGCAGAGUCCUUCCAGCCCUCAGACCAGAGACAAUAGCAAGGAAUAUUCUCCACUGGUAAUUCCCGGUACAGUUAAAGAGGAAUUGUCUGAAACUGAGGAAUUUUCUGACACUGAAGAUGUCAGCACUAGGGGUUCUUCACCACCAGCAAGGAAGCGUACUGCUGAAGAAAUAGAUAUUGAAAUCAAAGAAGAGGAAAUUGAUGAUUUUGAAUUCUUCCCGUGCGAUGUUUCACCAAAGGACCAUGAUGAGGAAGAUGAUGAUGAUACUGAUGAGGAGGAGGAUGAGGAUUAUGAACUUAAAGAUGAUGAGGCCCUGGUGAUUGAUGAGGACUAUGCACCAACAGCCUCAUCAGAAGAAUCUCUUAUGCCUCAGCUCUUACAACACUUGUUAGCAUCACCUAGUUCUGCUUUAUCUGUAGACGAAGUUAAAUCAAGAGAAUUUUUGGCAUCUAGGUUAUUGAUGAACAUUGCACAAGGUGCUACGCUCUCAGAAGUGUCCAGACUAGCUGCUAAUGAGGCCAGUCCGCUUGAUCUGCGGUUAACAUCAAAAUCUGGGGAUGUGGCUUUUAUUCCCAUUGCUCCUAAGAUUGAUAUCUUAAAAUUACAACAGAAUGCAAAAGCAGCCGCUCUUUUGUUAGAUCAUCCAUGCAAGUCCCCUUUACAGCAGAAUACAGAAUCAGAUGCUCUUUUAUUAGAUAGUCCAUGCAAGUCUCCUCUAUCAGGUUCACCACCAUUAAAAGAAUCUAGCAGCUCAGUGAUGACGGAUCAGGAACUAGUUUCACUCACUGUUAGAGAAUUGAACAGGAGAAUUUGCCGUCUUCCAAAAGCUCUGCAGAACGACCUGAAGAGGAGGAGACGAACCUUAAAGAAUCGUACCUAUGCACAAAAUUCCCGCACAAAACGCACUCAGUAUCAGCAACACCUUAAGACAAUCAUCAAACAUCUUCGUAAAGAAAACAGUGAAACUAGAGAAGAAGUGAAUCGUUUGAGUCAGCAGAUUAUUUUAUAUAAGUCAGAAAAUACAUUGCUUAAAGAUGAUAUUUUGAAUUUAAAGAUACAGCUAAGAACUACCUUGAAUGAAUUAGAGAGGGUUAAGCAGCAAAGUAGUAGGUGCCACAAGUGUAAAAGUGCAUGUCCUGAUGCAGUAUUAGAAAAAGAUCAGCCUGAGUCAGCAAGUGAAAUUCCUACAGAGCUUUCAUCAGAAGAUACCACUGAAGAUUGAAUCCUUGAUACAGUAUACAUUGAGAAACCAGAACACAAAAAAAUUCAUGGAGAAGAUUGGAAGAAAAUAAGGAGUGAAUAGUACUCAUUUUUGUAAUCUGUGGUAAUAUUACUGUACUGUACUACCAUUUCAGCAGUAAGGAUUAUGUUGACCUGUAAAACCAUUUCUGGUAUAUUGAUAUUCCCUUCCCACUUUCCUAUUAUAGAAUUUAUUGAUAUCUUGAUUUUCCUUGGGAUAUCUAUUGUAAUAAACAAGUACUAUUUUGUUUGUUUGUCUUACAAGAAUUAUUAGAGAAAGCUUGUGCCUUUAUGAAGAGUACAGACUAUUUUGAUAUCAGAGCAUAACAGAGAGCUUAUUUAUUUUCGUGAAAGUAUCUAAUACUUAGAAUGAAUGACCAAAGUAAAUUAUACAGUAUUAGUCAAGACUUGUUCCAAGGCAUCUUUUAGAAUAAUCAGUGGUUAAGAUUAUAUUUGAGUUUUUUUGUUUUUUAUGCACAUUUCACCAACUACAUGCAUCAAAAUCUUAUAUAGGGAGUGUUUUUAAGUAUCUAAUAAUGAUUGUUAUGUAGUUUCAGUAUGUAUCCCAGUACCUGUUGACAUAUCACAGGUGUUGAAAAUGCCACAUACCAUAAAAAGUCAGCAAAAUUUGUUAUCUUGAUCACUCAAUAUAGUAUGAUGGUUAGCUUGUUUGCCCCCUGUCACCUCUCUCAGAAAUUUGGCAAAUGAUUACCAGUCUGACUUUCAAGCAAAAUUAUGGAUAUUAGCAUCUUUUCAUUUUAUGAAGUAAUAGAUAAGUUAUAAUUAGAUAUGACACAAGGAAUUAUGUAGUGUAUGUAUACAUAUACGUAACAUGGAAUUUAAUAGUUAUUAGGUUUAUGUUCCUGACCCCCAAGAAUUAGCACCAAAGAAUUGAAAAUAAUAUUAAAUUGCAAAUUAAAGUUCAAACACUUAGUACAUGACUGAUUAGAUAAAAUAAAUACACAGAAUAAAACUUGUCCAAAGACUGCUUAAACUCGAGCUUUCUCUCCUGAGAACUAAGUAUAAUACUGAAAUAAAAAGAACUACAAACUCAAGAUAUACAUUAGAUCAUGUAGAACAUGACCCAAGGGAAUACCUGGGAUCAGGGCACUGUUGAUUAGACAUGGUUUGGAUUUUAAUUGCUGAAGUGGGCACUAAAUAUAAAUACAAGCAUACUAUAAUUACAUACCUCCUUGUGAUAGGGCAUAGUCUUGCAGAAUAGAUUACCAGAGUUAUUGAGUAAAGAAAACUGCAACAGAAUGAAUGAAUGGAUGACUAGAACAUUAGGGUAACCCAGGGAUUUUGUAGAACAUACAGCAAGUGGCAAUACUGUUAAACGUACUGUUGAAUUCAUAUUGCUUCUGACAUAAACCUACCCCAUAUAUCUUUUAGUAGUGUUUUUGCUUUUGUUAUCAUUCAAAGGUGUUUUGAUGAUGAUAAACCUCCAUACUUGUAUUGAAAAAACCUCCAUAUUUGUAUUGAAACAAGGUUGAAAACCAACGAAACAUUAUACGUGGAAGGUUGAUAUGAUUAAUCUUAAAUAGGAUCUAACAUAUUCAUUCAUUAAGAACAACCUUUCAUGCCAGCUGUAUGAUUCAAUGUGAAGAGUGCACUCUGAUUGAACUAUUUAAGGUACGUAUUAAUAAUCUGGCGUAAUGAAUCAUUACUCUUCUCUCUAACAUAAUACCUUGGUGUGUGUGUUGUGUGUGUGUGUGUGUGUAUAUGUGCAUACUUGCACAUGUGUUGGGGGUGUGGGUGGGAGGAAGAGAGCCUGAAAAAUUGGAAGGCAUCUGCUGUGCAGGAUGUCAAGUACGUAGGGGUUAAAGUAAUUUACCAGAUCACAGGGCUCAGCUCUUAGGGUCUUAAAAGGCAAGGACUAAAAGAAGCAAAUUUAUUUGCUUGACAAGAAAGAUUUGAGUGGGUCCAUUACCAAGGUCACCUAAUUUACAACGUAGCAGUCUGCAACCUGUUAUUAAUGAAUUAUUCUUAAAUUUGUAAAUUUCAAGAAAUUCUAUAUUUUCCUUCAUAACUGUAAAUCAAUAGAGACAUUUUGCAUCACUGUUGAUUGCUGUAAAGCAAAAGGCAUUGACAGUAAUGUACCUCUGUAGGCAUUGGUGUUUUUCAGCAGGUUUGAAUUACUUAUGUGUAUUGGUAGUGAUAUUUCUGUAUAUUUUUUUAAUAAUUGCGUCUGCGUCUGAUGUAUUUUAAUACUGUAUUGUCAUUGGCAUUUGUUGUUUGAUACCUCAGAAUCUACCCCCAAACCAAAUUAGGAAAAUAUUGUUAAGUGUAUGUUUGUUGCUAGAGAGUUUAUAUGCAACCAUUUACUUGAUUCGUCAAUAUUUCCCAACAAAAUUUGAAGAAACAAUAGCGUUGAAUGUUUCAUCAGUUUCCUGAUAGAGUGAAGGCAGUUGUUGUAAAUAUGGAAAGUAUUUACUCAGUUUGUAAAAUAUGUACAAUACUAUAUUGUAAAUUUUCUUUAGUUACAUUCAGUGUGACUGGAUGUAGUAAAGCACAUGAAAACUAGAUUACUUGGCUGCUUGAGCUCAUACUAAGAUGGUGCUAUGUACUGUUAAGACUUGACCUCAUUUGUGUAGACUUGUAAGUUGAUAGUGUAUUUAAACACAAGAUAUUUGAAAAUAUUCUGUUGCUUUCAUGUUAUAUUUUAAAACUUGUAAUGCUUGAGUAUACUGUGUAAUAUAUUUUACCUCUAAAUCAUUUAUAGAUAUAUUUUAUGUAUAUAAUUCCUUACAAGGAAAUUUUUGUAGUCAUUUAAAAGAUUAUUGUAAAUCUAGAAUGACAAUGUAAAGCUGCCUUACCGGAGAAUACCACUAAAAUUUACGUCUGCCCAUCAAAGGUUUUUACUUUGUUUCUAGACGAAGAUCAAGGUGAAAACUGUAGAAUAGAUGGUUUUAUAAAUGCUAAAAA